AAGGGAGACAUGUCUAUAAAUGAUUCAGCACGUUCUAUGGUUAUUUUAACCUUAGAAUCAUUGGACAUACCACCAGCUGGUGACAUUGUUGCAAUAUUUUUUGGCAUAAUUGCAUACUGUUUAAUCUUGUUCUUUCAGUCCAUGCUACUUAUAACAAUUGUUGUAAAAAGGAAUCUGCAUAAGCCUAUGUACAUACUGCUCUUUAAUUUGUUCAUAUGUGACCUAAUAGGAGCUACAGCUUUUUACCCUCAACUCAUUUGUAGUAUAUUGUUUCAGAGUAGAGAAAUCUCUUAUCCUGUCUGUGCAUUACAAGGAUUUCUCAUUCACAUGUAUGGGGUUGGAUCUGCUUUAUUUCUCACAGUUAUGGCCUUUGACAGGUACAUUGCCAUUUGCAAACCUUUAAGAUACCACACGCUGAUGACAGGGGACACCUUGAUAAAACUUAUUUUAAUGGUGUGGGUCAUAGAUUUAGCUAUGCACAUGUCUUUAUUCAUGCUCACAAUGAGCAAAGAAAUCUGCAGGACAAACAUAGUGGACACAUUCUGUAAUCAUCCCUCUUUAAUGAAGUUAAGCUGUGAAGAUAUGAGACCAUCUAACUAUUACGGCAUGUUUACUAUAGCUCUUGUACAAGGCUCUGCUAUAUUGAUAGUAUCAUUAUCAUAUAUCAAAAUCCUAAUUACCUGUUUUUCUACCAAACAGGAAAAAUCUAUAAGUAAGGCAAUUCACACUUGUGGCACACAUUUAGUUGUUUAUCUAAGUUUUGAGGUUAAUGUAUUAUUUACACUGAUUUCCCACAGGUUAGAAUCAGCGUCUCCAUACUUAAGAAGGAUCUUUGGUGUUUCAAUUGUUAUAUUUCCUCCAAUUAUCAAUCCUCUAAUUUAUGGGUUGAAAACAAGGGAAAUUAGACAAACAAUUUUAAUGUUUACACAAAGAAAGGUUUUCUGA